CCUUGGUCAGUUAUCUUGAAGAUCUAAUAUUCUGUUUGCAUAUCGAUUCUUUAUUAUAACGCAUUUUAAGCUUAUUUUCUCCUUGCUAUCUGUGACAUGAUAUGAUGAUGUCUGUUCCUUUCCAAGAACAACCUACGUCUCUCUGAAACAGCUAAAUUUGUGGAAAUUUGGUUUUCUCUAUCUCUUCGUUUAUUCUGAAACGGAGGUUUCUGAUCUUUCAUGAGCAUCUUUAUGCUUAUUACUGAGGAUGGAAUGGUCACCUUAGAAUGUCAUGCAUGUACUUUUUUAGCUCCAUUUACCAAUAAAGCUCCCUACCACAAACGUUCAUGUUAGAUCAGACUUAGUGAAUGAUUGAUCCAGCUCUUUCUGCGCUAUGAAGGCUUCUGAUUUCUUGACAAAAUGGUGAAGAUUUGUUGCAUUGGAGCUGGUUAUGUUGGGGGUCCCACCAUGGCCAUUAUUGCUCUCAAGUGCCCCUCUGUCGAAGUAGCUGUUGUUGACAUCUCAGAGGCUCGAAUCCAAGCCUGGAACAGCAACCAGCUCCCCAUAUAUGAGCCCGGCCUUGAAGAAGUGGUGAAGCAGUGCCGAGGAAGGAAUCUCUUCUUCAGCUCGGCAGUGGAAAAACAUGUCUCUGAGGCUGAUAUUAUCUUUGUUUCCGUGAACACCCCGACCAAAACUCGGGGCCUGGGAGCUGGCAAAGCCGCAGAUUUGACAUACUGGGAGAGUGCGGCAAGGAUGAUUGCUGAUGUGUCCAAAUCUGAUAAGAUUGUUGUAGAAAAGUCGACCGUCCCAGUCAAAACGGCCGAGGCCAUUGAGAAAAUUCUGACCCACAAUAGCAAGGGAAUUAGCUUUCAGAUUUUGUCGAACCCGGAAUUUCUCGCUGAAGGGACAGCCAUUCAGGAUCUCCUCAGCCCGGACCGAGUCCUCAUCGGAGGGAGGGAAACCCCUGGAGGCAGCAAGGCAAUAAAAGCACUGAAAGAUGUUUAUGCUCAGUGGGUUCCUGAAGACAGGAUCAUAACGACCAAUCUUUGGUCGGCCGAGCUCUCAAAGCUGGCUGCCAAUGCCUUCUUGGCUCAGAGGAUCUCAUCUGUUAAUGCCAUGUCGGCUCUUUGUGAGGCCACAGGAGCCGAUGUUUCCCAAGUUUCUCAUGCUGUCGGAAAGGACACUAGGAUCGGCCCUAAAUUUCUUAAUUCUAGUGUUGGUUUCGGAGGGUCUUGCUUCCAGAAGGAUAUUCUGAAUUUGGUCUAUAUAUGUGAAUGCAAUGGCCUGAUUGAAGUUGCAAACUAUUGGAAACAAGUCAUUAAGGUGAAUGACUACCAAAAGAGCAGAUUUGUUAAUAGGGUCGUCGCAUCCAUGUUCAAUACCGUUUCCGGGAAGAAAAUUGCAAUUCUCGGGUUCGCCUUCAAGAAGGAUACUGGCGACACGAGGGAAACUCCAGCCAUCGACGUGUGCAAGGGGCUUUUGGGUGACAAGGCACGGCUGAGCAUUUAUGAUCCCCAGGUUACGAAGGAUCAGAUUGAGCGGGAUCUCUCAAUGAGCAAGUUCGGGUGGGACCACCCGGUUCACCUCCAGCUGACGAGCCCUGCCACCAGCGAGCAGAUCUGGGAUGUUGCUGUAGAUGCUUAUGAGGCAGCAAAGAAUGCUCAUGGGCUGUGCAUUCUUACUGAAUGGGAUGAGUUCAGGAAACUCGAUUACCAGAAGAUCUUUAACAAUAUGCGGAAACCAGCUUUCAUGUUUGAUGGCCGUAACAUUGUGGAUGUUGCGAAGUUGAGGGAAAUCGGGUUUAUCGUGUACUCGAUUGGUAAGCCGCUGGAUCCAUGGCUCAAGGAUAUGCCUGCUGUUGCAUAAGUCUUGGGGCAUUUAAGGCUGCCAUUCGAUUCUUUAAUAUGUUCUUGGAGAAUUUCAUGUUCCUUAUGCUCGAUCGUAUAGGCUGAAGAAAAUCAUUUUGAUUAUAGUGGAAUCACCAUACAUGUAAUGCUUUUGCUGCUUUCAAUUUGAAUAAAUGGGAGAAAUUUGAAAG